AUGACUUUCACUGGAAGCUGCAUGUGCGGCGGCGUUACUUACGCCGUCGAAGCCGACACGUAUAUGGCCGCUCUGUGCCACUGCACCGACUGCCAGAAGUGGUCCGGCGGCGCAUUUACCUCCAACGCAGUCGUCCCACGAACCAGCAUGAAAGUGACAAAGGGCACUCCCAAUUCAUACGAUGGAGUUGGAAACAGUGGAAAGAUCAAUAAGCACUUCUUCUGUCCGACCUGCGGCUCAAGUCUCUACACAGAAUUGGAAAUCAUGCCCGAUAUGACCUGCAUCAAGGCUGGAACUCUUGAUGGAGGCGAGGCUAAUCUUAAGGGAAAGGUUGAUGUCGAGUUCUAUGUUAAGGAUCGUCCGGCUUAUCUUGCUGCUGUUGAGGGUGCUAAGCAGGAGCAAUUGCUUGGUUGA